AUCGAAAGCCACCUUACCUGGCACAAUCACCAUGACCAAAAUGCCUCUGCUUUCCCUCAUUCUCUUCUCCCUCCUUUCCUUCACUGCCCAAGCUUCCGUUCCUUCAAACGCAACUUUCAAGUAUAUUAACGAUGGAGAAUUUGGGCCGUACAUUGUCGAGUAUGAUGGAAACUACCGUGUUCUCCCCGUUUCCAAUUCCCCCUUCCAACUCGCCUUCUACAACACCACCCCAAACGCCUUCACGCUCGCAUUGCGAAUGGCCACCACUCGGUCGGAGUCGCUCUUCCGUUGGGUUUGGGAAGCCAAUAGAGGCAACCCAGUUGGCGAAAACGCCACCCUGACUUUCGGCACCAACGGCAACCUCGUAUUGGCCGAUGCCAAUGGCCGUGUCGCUUGGCAGACCAACACGGCCAACAAAGGCGUGGUUGGCUUCAAGCUUUUGCCAAAUGGAAACAUGGUCCUCCACGACGCCAAGGGCAAAUUUGUUUGGCAGAGUUUUGACCACCCAACGGACACUCUCUUGGUGGGUCAAACUCUCAGGGUCGGGGGUCCAACCAAACUCGUAAGCCGGGCUUCAGAAAGGGACAACAAAGACGGGCGUUACAGCUUGGUGAUGGAGACUAAAGGACUGUCUUUAUACUAUAAGAGCAAUAAUUCUCCGAGACCGAUUCUCUACUUCUCAUCUUCCGACGACUGGUUUUUUGUUCAGGAGGGUUACCUACAAUAUGUGACGGUAUAUUCUUCCCCUGACACCGAUGAGGGUUAUGCUUACGAGCUAGGCUUGAAGUACGAAGUAGCCAACUCCACAACCAGUGGGAAUAGAAUUUUGGCUAGGCCUAAAUACAACGGCACUCUGUCUUUCAUCCGUCUCGGAAUUGAUGGCAAUCUUAGGUUCUAUACUUACUAUGACAAGGUGGAUUAUCGUGCUUGGGAAGUGACAUACACUCUGUUUGAUAGAGACUCGACCGAGAGUGAAUGCCAAUUGCCGGAGCGUUGUGGGAAGUUUGGUCUUUGCGAGGACAACCAAUGUGUUGCCUGCCCAUUGUCGAAUGGGUUGCUGGGUUGGAGUAAGGAUUGCAAGCCUGAGAAGCUGACAUCUUGUCGGGUGAAUGACUUUCACUAUUACAAGGUUGGAGGCGUGGAUCAUUUCAUGAGCAAAUUCACAACCGGAGAAAGCGUGAGUGAAAAAGAUUGCACCAAGAAGUGUUCGAUGGACUGCAAAUGCCUGGGCUAUUUUUACCACAAUAAGGACUCCAAAUGUUGGAUUGCUUACGAUCUGAAUACCCUAACGAAAGUCGCGAAUUCUACACAUGUAGGUUAUAUCAAGGUACCGAAUCACUAAGAAGCUAGAACCCUGCAGGAAGAAGAUUCGUUAAAAGUUUGUGUUAUUGUGAAGAAUAAAGGGAAGAGUUGGGAGAGAUCAUCAUGUUUAUUUGCACUUCGUUUCGUCUCCUUUAUUUUUUUGAUAAAUAUAAUAUGGUUUGUCUAUUAUUAUUA